GCAAGUUAUGGCAUCCGCUCAAUUUGUUCAGAGAAAGUGAACUACUCGUACUCGUAUUAAAUACUGAAGUAAUUAUCGACGUCCACCGCCACCACCGAAGAAUAAUCGUGCGGUUUUAUCGUCAGUCCGUUUGUGCGUGUUUGCCGAUCAAAUUACACUCUUUAACAGAGAAGAUGUUUGCCUUCAAAAUCUUCGUGAUGUUGGUGCCGUCGUGCUUCGCGAUGCCCACAGGUUCAAUAUCCACUAGCAUCCUCACACCUUUGAGCAACAUCGGCGACAUCGCCAAUCAGAAAAUCUCCGCAGGUCUCAGUGCUAAGACCGCCUUGCUUCCAUCGUUGUCCUCAUUCCCGGACUCCGGAAGGAAACACGCCAUCUUGGAGACUGAAUCUUUGACCAGCCAAUUGGACGCCAAGUACACGCAGUUGCAGCAGUUCGCUGCCGGCCUCUACGGCCCCAAACCGUUGGUCGACACCAUCCAAGAGCACGAGAAAUACGGAAACGACGGCGACAAACUUAGGUCCAUUGGAACGUUCAUCAUUGGAAAAUAUGAAGGAUUGUCCAACGCGCUUAACGCUGCAGUUGAUCUUCCGUUCCAGAAGGCCAAACAAGUGGGCAAAACCAUCACUACGCAGCUAAACGCUGUUGGAGGAAAACUCAUUGGUUUGUAAGGUGUGAUGGGUUGUUAUUGUUUGUUUUUUUGUUGCUUAUGUACAUAGUUCUUUUUGUAAAUAUAUUUUUGUAAUUUUUUAAA